GAUGUGUACAAAUGUCAUUUGCUAAUCAGGAUCAAAUUAUCUUCACCGACGUUUUGAACUCCCAUGAUGGUUCUGUUUUCACUGACGCGUUUCAAAGCCAGGAACCUACGGAGACCGGGAUGUCACUCUCAAUUGCUUUGAUAUCCGGUGUUAGCUCUUCCUGCCAUCACAGAGUAUGGGCAUCGUUGUUUUGUGUUGAGACAUGUUUUCUCCGGACGAGCAGCAACCCAGCUCACGUCACCGGGCAUUGUACCAUUCGAGAUAAUGGGGCCAAGUAUAUAUUUUUGAUGGCUAGCUAUCUGUCCUUCGAAACUAGGUUUUAAUUGGAAAGUGAUUCAGUGAUGAUUGUUGGCUAUUGUACUGGUUCUUACUCCUGACCAUGUUCGCUGCGAGUAUAAUCUUUUGACAUAUUGCUUGAAUAUCAUAACUCAUAAGUCGGACUUGUCUCUGAGGCUCGUUCGGUGAUCUUUAACCUGGAUAGUUUCAGAGAUAGGUCCUAGAUCUCCUAAUCAAUGACAGCAAACAUGGGCAUGGGGCUUGUAGCCCAGAUUGUUCUUCUAUGUGCAGUUACUUGCAGUGCGCAGAACAACGAGACGACGGUCGAAGACUCUGAGAAUCAUAUCAAUAGAGUAUCAGUUGACAAUCAAUAUCAAGAUCUUAUCAAUGUCACCACGAACGAAGAAAACAUCCAAGAGUCGGUUGAUAGCAAUAGUCAGGAAAGGUUCGUCUGUAGGCCACAUAUCACAAUUCAGGCGCCACCUCUGCCGGUGCCGAUUUCAACAGAAAGCACUUGCGACUGUAACUGCAGCAGCAGCAGAAGGAACUCUGGUGAUGUGAACACAGAGGAGAAGCAGACGGAAAGUCUGGUCCGACAGCUCCGGGAAUUGGUACAGGAGUGUAGGGCUGGAGGGGAUGGAGCAAGAGGAGUCGGUAGAGGGGACGGUGGCUGGACCCGUGGGUCGCAGGAUGGUACCAGGAUACUAGCCGAAGCUUUAGUGGACCUUGCUACUGUCCUCAAGCACUUCCAGACACCAGGAGUUCCUGUUCCAGGUUCAAUUAUAUCUUUACCCAAGGAUUGCUCCGAGGUUCUAUCCAGAGGUGCCACAAAUAGUGGGGUAUACACCAUCCAAACCUUGGACUCUGGAAGACCAUUCCAGGUUUACUGUGACAUGGAGACGGACGGAGGGGGCUGGACGGUUCUACAAAAGCGACAGGACGGUUCGGUGGAUUUCUUCCGGGGCUUUGCGAGCUACCGACGGGGCUUCGGGUCUUUGGAUGGGGAAUUCUGGCUCGGAAACGACCAAAUCCAUCGCCUAACUUCCCAAGACGAGUACCAUCUGAGGAUAGAUCUGGAAGAUUUCAACGACGUGACAGUUUUCGCAGAGUACCGUGUGUUUAGAGUUGCUGAUGUUAACGAGGAUUAUAGAGUCACUGUAAGCUCUUACCAUGGCACCGCCGGUGACGCGUUCACGACACACAGCGGCCAGCCGUUCUCAACCAAGGACCGUGACAACGAUAACUGGUCCAGCAAGAACUGCGCCCGGGAGUACCAUGGUGCCUGGUGGUACAACUCUUGCUACUAUGCCUCGCUUAAUGGGGAAUAUCUGAGAGGGAUAUCGGAGAGUUACGGGACUGGGAUCGUUUGGUAUCAAUGGCAUGGCUAUUACUACUCCCUUAAACGCACGGAAAUGAAGAUAAGACCGGCCGACUGAUGUACCAACUACGAACUACGGAAUAGAACUGAUGAUCUUUAAAGCACAAAAUUAAUAAACAGCAUGUCAACAAGCUCCUCAUUUUGUCACAUUUUUUGACAAAAAAAAAUACUCUGGAAAGAAAAUGCACAUAAUAGAAUCCCGAGUCUCCGUCUGAAUAGCCAUCUGUGUCCGACAACCUCAUAAACUGAUAUAUAGGCCUACACCCAACAUGGCGUCAUCUCCGUAUCCAAAUUUAGGCCUGCAACCUAUCGUGUUCCAAGUGGCGUGACGAUGAAAAAAAUGCUGGUGAUUGCCGGAGAAUGAUGAAGGAAAAGGCAACCAAUUUUCCAGAAUUGGCGAUGUCUGGAGACCCAGUCACUGGACCACAUUUGUUCACCUUUUCUGGACUCGGAUGCAUACGCAGCAGGCCGUCUGGAUAUUGAAUGGUCUCGUACAAAAUCUUCUUUGAAAGAGGGGGGGGGUGUAAUUUCAAAAGAGUGCAAAAAAGAAGAAGGGACGAUUGAUUAAAAGUCCUAAACCGAUUCCUGGACAGUUUCACCUAAACCAAUCUUUGGAGUACGCAGGUUUUAUUACUCUGUCUUACCAGAAUAAUAGUCCUAUUUCUUGUAAGUCCAUGCUAGUAUGAUAGACGGAAUCGGUAUGAUUUUCAUGUUUGCCCUCUCGGUAUUCAAAAAGAUUAGAAUUAGAACUUGUAAGAGUUUCGAUAGAUUUUAUCUGCAAUUGCGAUUGAUCUGAAACUCAUAUCUCUUAACCACACAAAUUUAGAUCAAUCGCCAUUUGAGUUCAAUAUCAAUCACUCGCAAAUCUUUGUAAGACGGCCCAUUGGUUUCAGUGACAGUACAGAGUGUGAUAAUUACGAAAGUAUAAUUUGGUUAAAAGAAAACUUUAUUCCACCUUUGCAAAUUAAUAAACUUGCCCUCGUAUAUUAUGUAACGUUAUAUGUUUCUACACUAUCAUGACUUCAUUACCCAAUAAACAAACAGGUAUAUACCUGAUGUUAAUUGCAUGUGAGCUUUUAGAGCCCUUCGUAAAAAAGUUAACAUUAUCUCAACUCUUCGAACCCUAACUACUGACAUUGCAAUUAGUCUUCAAGUAAUUUUUUGUAAUUGAUUAUACAUUUCUCUUAAUUAUUAAAACAUACUUCAGUUCAUAAAAA